AUGUCCAUUGUUGCACUAAAGAACGCAGUGGUGACCCUCAUACAGAAAGCCAAAGGUAGUGGUGGAACCUCGGAUUUGGGGGGGUCUGAAUCAACUCCCUUGCUGAGAGGUAGUAAUAGUAAUAGUUCAAGGCAUGAUAACUUAUCCUCGUCUAACUCGGAUAUUAUCUACGGUAGAAAUGCAGCGCAGGAUCUAGAAAACUCGCCGAUGUCGGUAGGGAAAGAUAGUAGGAACGACGAUAGCAGUUCGAAUAACGAAGAGGCAAACUUAGGUUUCUUCCAGUCAGUAGAUCCUCGCGUUAUCAGCGACUUAAUUAUCGGGCUGAGCGACGGUUUGACUGUCCCCUUUGCCCUAACGGCCGGCCUAUCUUCACUUGGUGAUGCAAAAUUGGUCAUUACUGGUGGUUUUGCCGAGUUGAUAUCAGGCGCGAUUUCUAUGGGCCUUGGUGGCUAUCUAGGAGCGAAGAGUGAAUCUGAUUAUUAUCAUGCUGAAGUAAAGAAGGAGAAAAGGAAAUUUUACGAUAACACCAAUCUAAUUAACAGAGAAAUUGAAGACAUUUUGUUAGAGAUCAAUCCUAAUUUCUCAGAUGAAACAAUCGUUUCGUUCAUCAAGGAUUUACAAAGAACGCCUGAACUAAUGGUCGAUUUCAUUAUCAGGUACGGUAGGGGUCUAGAUGAGCCUGCCGAAAAUAGAGAACUAAUCAGUGCAGUUACCAUCGGUGGCGGCUAUCUACUUGGUGGGCUAGUACCACUAGUGCCAUAUUUUUUUGUUUCAGACGUGGGCACAGGUCUCAUUUACUCUAUUAUAGUCAUGGUUGUAACAUUAUUCUGGUUCGGUUACGUAAAGACAAAAUUAUCCAUGGGCAGUGGCAGUUCAACCUCCAAGAAAGUUACAGAAGGUGUUGAAAUGGUCGUCGUCGGUGGUGUAGCAGCAGGUGCAGCUUGGUUCUUUGUUAAGUUACUAGGUUAA